UCAGAACAUCCAUCGGUACAACUUCCGCGGGGAAAUUUUACGUGUCUCUUUACUACGUAAGAUACCGUACUGUAGUUGGUUGCCGCCAUGGUCAAGCUCUUGGUCAUUUUGGAAGUUUUCACCGAGGUCAACAACCACAGCUCACAGCAACGGCGUCAACCUAACCUCAUUCUAAAAGUCUUUUGAAAGAGCUGCAGUCACCACACAAAUAAUAAUCAGUUGGCUUCGCAACUAAAACUAGACUAGGAAGGCCUUACAACAUACAGCAACCGCCGAGAUCUACCGCUUGCACUAGAGUAUCUUUGUGUGGGGAGGCGUUCUCAAGUCGAAGGAAUAGAAAAGAGGGGUAUCAUUUAUCUCCCACCACUGAUUUUUGCUACAGAUUUCUGUGCUUUUACUAUUUCUGUUUGUCAGUGACCGUCCGUGGUAGCUUUGCCGACUGACUGACUGUGAAGACCACCUUUAUACUAACAACAACAAUACUACAACAAAGAAGAAAGAAGAAGAAAAUGAGGUUAUCAUCUGUGCUUGUGUUUGCCGUGUUAUUUCUGACGCUACCAUCUGCGUCGGGAUGGCUUUGGGGGGAUAAGAAUAAGAACAAGAACAAGGAUAAGGAAUGUCAAGGCGACGCUUGUAACAAUAAGAAGAACGCCCAGCAGCGCAACAACAAUAGUGGCAAAACGACGACCGACGAUGACAGUAUUCCGUUGACAGCCGAAGGAUUUGGUCUUUCCAAAGUAUCCGUGGGAGACGAAUCUGGCAUUCCCAUGGUGCAUCUGCACGAUGACCAAGUCAUGCCAUUGGUGGGAUUGGGUGUUGAAUAUCUGCAACCCUUUCUCGUGCCACUCAUGACGGCCAGUGCGUUGCAACGCGACAAGAAAACAUGGUUGUUUGAUACCGCUCAUGUCACGGGCAACGAAGCACUGCUAGCGAAUGGAAUUCAACAGGGUCUUCAACGCAUGAAUUUGUUACCGGAGGAACACGUCGAGUUGCACGUUAUUACCAAAGUCUGGUACACGCAUUUGGGAUACGAACGAACCAAAUUGUCCGUCAAAGAAUCCUACGAACGAUUGCAAGCGGCACUAACCGACAGUAGUACGGUACAAGGACAAGUACAACUCAAGGUACACAUGUUGUUGCAAUGGCCACGAUGUUACGAAACCAUAGAUUGGAUGAAUUGCGAACUCGAUGAGGCAAACGUUGGAGAACACGUCCAACAGGCAGGACCACCACCUCAUCAGGACAAGGACAAUGCAUGGAAGGGAUCUUGGAAGGCAUUGGAAGAAAUUUAUCUCGCUGGUGACGCGUCUCCCACUCCCAUUGCAUCCAUUGGUGUUGCCAACUUUCAUUUGAAAGAUUUGCAAGAUAUGGAUAGUCAGAAAGAUUUACAAGUUCAUCCGCACAUGCUACAAGUCAGUAUCUGGAGUUUGCUCUACGAUCCUCAUCUCGUCGAUUAUUGUACCCAACGUGGCAUUCAUUUACAAAUUGUCGAUUCCAUUGAUGGCAUUCUCGCCGAUCCCUCCCGUGCACGCAACGCCCAUCAUCAUUUGCUCAAGGUCGCCGAAGACUUGAUUGAAGACGCUGCACCGACACUCUCACAAGACGAAAUUACACCCACCCAAGUGGUGUAUACGUGGCUCGUACAACAGGGCGUUUCCAUUGUGCCCGGACCAGAACGAUUGUCCGAAUUGCAAGAGUAUUCCGGUGUCACGCUGGCCGCCAUGCCGCAAAUGACCCAUGCCCAAGUGGAAACGGUAGCUCAUUGCAUGGAGGCUUUUCUCAGUGGAGAAGAUCUCGAAAAGGAUAUCAACACUUUCGUCACCUUUCAUGCCAAAAGUAAGGAUGCCAUGCUCUAUUGGCAAAGACCGGAUGGCGGAGAAAACAAGAUUGCCUUUAUUGCACGAGGGUCUUCCUUCAACGAAUCGACGUAUCCCAAACAUCACUUUCGAAUUUACGAUGCGCGCAACAAGGAUAAUUUCAUUGAUUAUCACGUGCAAGCAAAGUUUGGGGAACAAGUUUCCUUUGAUGCCUAUCUGGAGUAGCAACACUUUCGAAUCUGCAUGUUUUCUUUUUUCGAAAUGAAACGAAAACGAACCAACCAAAAACGAGAGGAGUUGUAGGAUUUGAAGGAGGAGGAGGAUGGAAACGACGCGGAGGAGCAGUCCACGGGUCGAUCGAUGACGAGACAAUACCGGAGAAAUAAAAUGAACCAUUCAUGUACAUGUACCGAGGGUUAUCGAUUCGAUUCGGUGCUUCCAUUUGCGGCGUUCUGUCCCUGCAUCGGGUACGUAUCACAGGGGGAGCGACCCCUUUCCACUGCAUUUUUAUAGAAGAACCACCAAACAAAAAAGAAAAAGACAAAAAGAACAGAAAAAGUAGGAAAUCAUGUUUGUUGCAUU